AGUUUUAUUUCAACCAUAAAAGAAACAACUUUAAACAAGAGAAAAAAAAAUAAACUUUAGAAAAAAAUGAUUAAAAUUAAAGAUCGUCUGCCAGAUUUCAAAAAGAAUUUACAAAUUCAAGAUGUUGAUAAAGAACUAUGCAAUUACGAAGUGAUAGUUGAGGAAGAACCUGAACUAGAAUAUAAGCCAUACAAUGGACCUGUGGGUAAUUUAUUGAAAAGGUAUUUAUACAUUUAUGUUAAUCUAAAAGAAAUUGAAAAUCUUUUGCUUAAUAUGAACUCGAUGACAACCGCAGAACAUAUAAAUAAUUUUAAUCAAAAAGAAUUUAAUAAAUUACGCGCAGAUAGUAUUAAGAUUGGUAAUGAUAUUAUUAAAAGAUUUAAAAAAUUGGAAAGUAAAUUACCGGAUCCGGAAGAUUCUAGCACAUUGGCACGCAUGAAACGAUCUCUGUACUUUGGUUUCUUUCAACAAUACAUUUUACUUUGGUCUAAGAAUGAACAAUUUCUAAUGGAUUUUGAACAAAAGUUAAAGAAACGUUUGCAAAUGCAAUCACAAAUUUUAAAUUGUAAUUUAUCAAAUGACGACAUCGAAACUUUAAUAGAAAAUAAAAAUACCAAUUUAUUUAUGUCAAAUAUUCUUCAAGACACCGAAACCGAACGUAAAACUUUACAAGAACUUCAAGAUCGUUUUGAAGAUUUAAAAAAAUUGGAAAAAUCCAUAACAGAAGUUCAUAAUUUAUUCAUAAGUUUACAAACUCUAGUGGCCGAACAGGGUGACGCUAUACAACGUAUUGAAACCCAUUUUAAUGCAGCCCGCGAUUAUAUAGAAGAUGCUACUAGAACAAUUGAAAUAGUGGAGAAAAUGAAAAAGCAAAGAUGUUGCCGAAUUUGUUGUUGUUUUUAAACUUUGUUAAAUGACCUUCUAAUUCUAUUAAAAAAAAUACUUUAUAAAA